AUGGGAGAAAAUAUAGUGUUAUAUUAUUUUGAUGCCAGAGGGAAAGCUGAAUUGAUUAGAUUAAUUUUUGCCUAUUUAGGAAUUGAAUAUAUAGAUAAAAGAUUUGGAGAAAAUGGUGAUGCAUUUGUUGAAUUUAAAAAUUUUAAAAAAGAAAAAGAAAUUCCAUUUAAUCAAGUUCCUAUAUUAGAAAUAAAUAAUUUAAUUUUAGCCCAAAGCCAAGCAAUAGUACGUUAUUUAUCAAAAAAAUACAAAAUAAGUGGAGAUAAUGAAUUACAUGAAUUUUAUGCAGAUAUGAUUUUUUGCGGAGUUCAAGAUAUUCAUUAUAAAUUUAAUAAUACUAACUUAUUUAAACAAAAUGAAACAACAUUUCUUAAUGAAGAGCUACCUAAAUGGUCUGGAUAUUUUGAAAAACUUCUAAAAAAAAAUAAUACUAACUAUUUUGUAGGCAAUAAUUUAACAUAUGCUGAUUUAGCUGUAUUUAAUUUAUAUGAUGAUAUUGAAUCGAAAUAUCCUAAUAGUUUGAAAAAUUUUCCUUUAUUAAAAACACAUAAUGAAUUUAUAAGUAACAUACCUAAUAUUAAAAAUUAUAUUAAUAAUAGAAAAGAAAGUAUAUAUUAA